AUGGCGUCUUCACCUCAGGGUAAGCAGCGUUUGAAGGAGGACAAAGACAGUAUCAAAGACGAGAACGAGCAAAAACGGUUCGACACCACUUCCAGACAAUCAACAAUAGCCCAGUUCAUCAAAUCCGGUCAAGUGGCGUUUGGCGGUGUUGACCCUCAACCACUAAAGGAGAAAGAUGAAAAGAAUGGUGAAGUGCAAACAUGGAUGCUGGAUCGCAUCUGUGAGAGGCUAGCGGAUGCGUCAGAGCUGAAUGGCAACGACAUCUUAGCACUGCGACCUCUCCUCAAGCUCGAAUAUUGUAAAAGCGGCUUAAACGAUUGCAUUUCGACAGGCUUCUCCUGCCUCCUGCCUCAGUUAUUGAGGCUGAUGCAGUCGAAUCUAACUUGCGCUGUGAACUUUUCAAAUCACGUGCUCGACGCUCCAGACAACGAGGUGCCACGAGAGAUGAAAGAAGAGCUACUCUGUAGUGUCGCACAAAUCCUGGGUGCAGUUUCUAUCGAAAAACGUGAUUCAGGAACUAUCAAGCGUCAGCUAGCCACAUUAGAAGAUGCAGAGUGUGGCUCUGUACCCGAACCACAACCGCAAGCAAAGCUCACAGCUACUGCGUUUGGCAUCUUCACAAAACGUCUCUGCAGCCUAGGGUUAUUCAAGCCGAUCGAGUCCAUGCUUGCACGCCUUCGGUCCGAGAUGUCACACGUCCACAUCGUCGAUCUCCACACGAUCUACGUUCCAUUUCUACAGGAGCUCAUUGGGUUGAUGCUGGUCUAUGGGAUUCCAUUGAAAGAUGUUACAUACAGCUCUUUUUUCGAGGCUGUGCUGCAACAAUACUUGGAGCGUUUCGUCGGUCAGGUGGCAAAUGGAGCCAAUGAUGUGGAGCGAGAAAACUGGAAUCAACGAGCUUUCGCUGCUCGUGCCAUGUUGGAAUCAUUCGAUCAUUCUUAUUUUCGAGACAUACUCGGAGAUCGAUACGACCGUGGUCUACUCCCAGCAUUGUUGAGGCUGUUUGAGAUCGCUCCUUCUACUACGAGGUCACAACCGCACAAUCUGUGCACAACCACUUCCUCAACGCAAUCCGGAGAAUUCAAAGAAACUGUCAAAACGGCCAAAGAUAAGAUUGACCCGGCGCUUACGGCAUCAAAUGUUUCAUUACAUAUAUGA